AUGAAAUCAACUGAUCAGGCAAAGAAGUUGGAGAUAAGUGGUUUCUUUAAACUUGUCUAUAGGGCAAAGAAGUUGGUUAAACUUGAGGAUUUGGUCAAAGAGUUGCGAAUUGACAUUGAUAAAAACUUGGAGCCUGAGCUUGAUGCUCGUCGGUGUUGUAUUUAUAGGGUUCCUAAAUAUCUUCGUAGCGUAAAUGAAGAAGCCUACACACCUCAAUUAAUUUCAAUAGGUCCUCUUCACCAUGGAAAAGAAGAAUUAGCUAACAUGGAAAAGAUAAAAAGACAAUAUGUGAAAAGUUUUGUUGAACAAAUAACAAUAGAGAAUCGAGAUAAAAUUUUAAACUUUAUCAAGGAUAAUGAGAAAAACAUCCGUAAUUGUUAUGCAGAAACAUCUGAACUUGGGAGCAUUGAGUAUAUAAUGAUGAUUCUAUAUGAUGCUAUUUUUAUCAUAGAGUUAUUAUUAAGAGAUCAACUCGGUUUUGAUGUAAGUGAUUUAUUACUAUCUACAGCAUCGGCAAAAGCAUCUUUAUGUUUGGACUUUCAGUUACUCGAAAAUCAACUUCCAUACUUCAUUCUCGAGAAAAUAUGUGAGUUAGCUGAUCUUGCUGGCCUUAACAUGCCUACCUUCAUGGAGCUUUCACGUUUUUUUUUCGGUUGUUUCGAUGGUUUGGAAUUGAGUACAUUAACUCCCCAAGUGGUAGUUAAACAUUUAACCGAUUGGAGAAGAAUCACUAUACUAGAACACUACCAAAGAUCUGAGCAGAGGAACCAAUGGAUUGAUGAUUUACCUUGUGCAGUGAAGUUGCAUGAGUCAGGAGUGAAGUUUAAGUGUUUUGAAGGAGAACAUAGCUUAAUUGACAUAAGAUUGGAAAAACGAAAGCAACAAAUCCAAUGUUUUGAAGUACUUGAGAUGCAAAUACCACAUUUGAAGAUAUUCGACUCCACUGAAAGUCUACUUCGAAACGUUAUGGCUUUGGAGCAAUGUCAUUACCCAUGGAAUACUCAUGUUUGCAAUUACGUUAGGCUAAUGAAUUAUCUUAUUGAUACUGAAAAAGAUGUGGACUUGCUUGUUGGAGAAGGAAUUAUUUCCAAUCAUGAUAUGGGCGACAAUGCUUCAAUAGCAAAUAUGUUUAACAAACUUAGCCUAUUUAUCAGUUUUAGCAAAUCCUCUUACUAUGACAAUUGCGAGAAACUCAAGGGACACUCUCCUUUUAUUAGCUCUGUUUCUUGUUCAAUUGAGUUGAGUGAUAGUAAAGCAUCUGAAACCCUAGAUAAAGAAAAGCUUAAUCCAGUUAUUUUGUCUGAAGUAUGGUUUAAGCUAGAAGCUGAUUUUGUAACUGAGGCAAAGGCCAGAGCUACAUUUGAAGAAUUUGCUUCGAUAACUCAAAAAGGCAAUUUGAAUAUUCUGAUUAAGAAAAUGAAAGCUUGCUGA